GUGUCAAGACGGCGGCGAUCGACGCGUCUAAGCAACUCACCGGAUGCCGCAUGCGCGCGUGCAUCUCCCUAUAAGUAGACGCUCGAUGACGCUGUUUCCACUCCAUCCCGUUCUGUCCAGUCCUAGCUAGUUCCUCCUUCCUCCUCUCCUGAUCCUGAUUGGUAUCUGUUAGUUGCGUCAGAACUCAGAGGAACAGAGCAUCGUUCUGCGGAGUCUUUGCUAGCUCUUCCAGCAACCCGACCAUGAGCUACCAGCAGGGCUACCCACCGCCGGGCACUGCAGCAGCUUACCCUCCGCCGGGCCAGCAGCAGCAGGCCUACGUCGCGCCGCCGCCGUCCACCUACCCGCAGGACCAGCAGUACCCUCCCGCCGGCGCUGGCGCCGACACCACCAGCCGCGGCGGACACGGCCACGGCGGCGAUGGCUUCUUGAAAGGAUGCUGCGCGGCGCUGUGCUGCUGCUGCCUCCUCGACGCCUGCUUCUGAUCGACUUCGUCCCAUGUUGUUCCACCGGCACAAUCAGGCGCCGCAUGUAGAGUGCAUUUUGCUUCUUUUUUGUGUGCGGUUGACGUGCUGAGUACUAGUCCCAGAGCACGAUUUUCUCGUGUGUCAUGUGUGCGUUGUUUUGUUUCCAUUCGUAUGACUCAGAUAGAUAUAUACAUGUGAGAUGCAUCUAGUGGCCUUAUUCAAUGCCAUAUUCUCUUGGUGUUA